CAUUAUUUAUCUACGGUGCCGCCUCAUCCCCCUUCCAAAAAAAAGAAAUCCCCCCCUCCCCUUCCAUUUUCAUUUCUUUUCUUCUCUUUCGAAGAACAACAACACCACAGCUUUUAUGGGAUGGAACCCAACUCCUCUAACAAAGACAUUGUAGCUCCUUUUGUUCUCAAAACUUAUCAAAUGGUCAAUGAUCCCCUCACCGACUCUUUCAUCUCUUGGGGCUCUGCUAAUAACAGCUUCAUCGUUCUCGACCCUCUCCAUUUCUCACAUACUCUCUUACCCGCUUUUUUCAAACAUAAUAAUUUCUCCAGCUUCGUUCGUCAACUCAAUACUUACGGGUUCCGGAAGGUAGAUCCAGAUAGAUGGGAAUUUGCGAACGAAUGGUUUCUACGAGGUCAAUUUCAGUUACUGAAAAACAUUGUGAGGAGAAAACAGAGUUGUAAUAAGUAUUUGAUUGGGGAUCAGAUGGGGGAUGAGGAAUUAGUCACUGAAAUUGCUAGAUUGAGGAAAGAACAGAGGGCUCUGGAAGAACAACUUGAAGGGAUGAAGAAACGUCUUGAAACAACUGAGAAACGACCACAACAGAUGAUGGCUUUUCUUCAUAAAGUGGUGGAAGACCCUGAAAUUCUUCCACGGAUCAUGCUUCAUAAAGAUCCAACUCGGCUUCAACUUUCAGAGAAGAAACGGCGGUUGAUGAUUUCCUCUUCUUCCUCUUCCCCUUCCACCACUACCCUCACCGAAGGAGAUGAAAUCGAAGAGGACAGUAAUAAUCCGCAGGAUUUUGGGCCUAAUUUCUCGUCGCCGGAGGUUUCUGGGCCUUGGUUUUUACGGGAGGCGGAGGGUAAUUUGGGGAUUCCAAUUCCUCCGGUGCCGGCGAUUGAUUUAGGGAUAAGUAGUAACGGCGGAGAGAGAAAGUAUUUGACGGAAAUGACAGUGGAGGAAACUCAUCCACCACCACCGCCUUAUCCAUUUUCUCUUUUCGGGUGUGGCUUUUAGUAAUUAAUUACCUUCACAAUUUUAUUUUUCUUUAUUAAUAAUUCCUUUUCAGUUUUCUUUUC